AGGUGAGGAAGUUGCCCUACAUCGGAAAGCUACUCUUCUCCAUCUUCUUGACCACUCUGUUCUGUUCUGUGUAUAAAAAGCCUCUCAAAACCUCUUCCCAUUUUCAUAUUCAGUUUCAGUUUCUUUAAGAAAAACAUAAAGUUUCUCCGAUAUAUAUAUAUAUGGAUUCUCUAGCGAUUUCUCCUAGGAAGCUCCGAUCAGACCUUUACUCAUACUCUUACCAAGAUGACUCCAACUCCAACACACCUCUCGUCAUCUCUGUUCUCUCUUCUCUGAUCGAGCGGACUUUAGCUAGGAACGAGAGAAUCAGCCGGAGCUACGGUGGUUUUGGUAAGACACGUGUCUUUGAUUGCCGGGAGAUUCCUGAUAUGACUAUUCAAUCGUACCUUGAGAGGAUUUUUCGGUACACCAAAGCCGGUCCAUCGGUUUACGUCGUGGCUUAUGUCUACAUUGACCGGUUCUGCCAGAAUAACCAAGGUUUCAGAAUCAGCCUUACCAAUGUACAUCGUCUCCUCAUCACAACUAUCAUGAUCGCUUCCAAAUACGUCGAAGAUAUGAAUUACAGAAACUCAUACUUUGCGAAAGUAGGAGGAUUAGAGACAGAAGAUUUGAACAAUUUGGAGAUAGAGUUCUUGUUCUUGAUGGGAUUUAAGUUGCAUGUGAAUGUGAGUGUGUUCGAGAGUUACUGUAGUCAUCUUGAGAGAGAAGUUAGUAUUGGAGGAGGUUAUCAGAUUGAGAAGGCAUUACGUUGCGCUGAGGAAAUCAAAUCUAGACAAACUGUUCAAGAUCCUAAACACCAUCAAUUUUCUCGAAUCUUGCUGUAGUCAAGAACAAGAACUAUUACUCUGUUUCGUAAAUCUUUUUUUUUGUCUUUUUGCCUUUGACUUUUUGAUUACCUUGUCGGUUGGGUUUUCUUGUAAUGUAAAAUGUAAAUAGAGAGAAAAAAAAAAUUAGAGAUUGCUGUUGUAUGUAUUUUGUGUAUCAGCAAUGUAGAUUCUAUGUAUGUGUUGAACUUUAAGAAAAAAUGGUUUUUAUUUGCAAAAAAAUCUUUGUUAA